AUGAUACCACAGAUUCAGCAAUUAUUGCCGCUAGAAACAAACGUAUCAGGAAGUUGGUUAAACACACAUUUUCCGUCAGAGUCACUUGUGACGACAACCAAUAAACUCCUAUCGCCACCAAUUUCCAUUACACCGACAUCAAUCUGCACUGAUUUAUCUGAGAGUGAUUACCAACCGGUCGAUCUUUCCUCGACAGCACUACGUAAAUACUCUCUUUCAUCGCCACCAUUAUCCAAUCUAAAUAGUGAAUCUGUUGAUUUAAUCGAUUCCUUGAUGGCUCCAUCGAAUCCUGAAAAACAACAGUUUCUUCCUGCAUCUCGCUCGGUAUUUAAAACCAAUAAACAAUGUUCAAAUUUUAGUAUCGAACAUAUUCUCUCUUCAUCAUUUCGUUCGCCAACCUAUGAACUACUUUCCAUCGGAUACCGACAUAUUCCAAGUAUAUUUUCCAAGACAAAACUUCGUCAUUUCUCUGAUCAUUAUCUUCAUCGAAUACUUCAUCGAAGAAAACGGCAAAAGCAUGGAAAUAUAUCUUCAUCAUCACAUGAUUCUCAGCAACCUCAAGGAACACUUCUGCGAUAUAUAUUCGACUUUUAUAAUGAUUUAGUCAAACGACAAAAUCAGAUAAGCAAAUCUGAGAAUUUCUGUACAAUCGAUGCUUUGGAACAAUUAGCUGAGAUUGCAUGUAAACUUGAUACACGUCAGACACGAUCACUACUGAAUGAAACUAGUUUAACAUCGAAAAAUUACGAUUUAUUGUUAGAACAAUGCUAUCGAAUGAUCCAACAGAUUGAUCGAAAAUAUCAAAAGAAGAAAAUUCUCAAACGGUCUUAUCGAAAUUUGAGAGUGAAUAUCAAAAAUCGAUUUCUCCAUUUCAUCAUCUCAGUAAUAAAUAUCUUACAAGCGAAGAAAAACAUCUUAUCCAACUCGACGAAUUGUCAUUUCUUACUGUCAGAUAUUCGAAGGAGGAAAAUGAAAAGAUCAAUCUGUUUUCGUCUGAAGCCUAACCGAAUUACCCCCAAUUUGGACAUACUGAUACCAAACGAUGGUUUCCUUUAUGAAGCAACUAUUCAACCCGUUGAUAAUUAUGAUGAUUUAUUACUCGUACGAUUGCAUCAUGAACGACAAACGUAUCUGAUACCCAUCCAUGAUUUAUGUCGUUUGGCAUGUCCGAAAAUGAUUCCUGAAGACUUCCAGAGUCUAUCAAAAGGUCUACGUGUUUGUGCCUUUUGGAGUACGAGUUUACGUGGACUUCACCCGGCGACUAUCGAUAAAAUACCCAGUGAAAUCGAUGAAUCAUCAACAGUUGGAUUAAUAUUUGAUGACGGUGAUAUUGGUUUAAUUAAACUUCAUGAAAUACGUCUGCUACCGGAUGAUUAUGAUAUUAAAGGAAUUAAUCUCGACGAAUGGCGUAUCACUUCCUAUCAACUUCCUUCUACGUCUUCUUCAAGUUCGUCGUCAUCGAGCCGUCGAACAUCACGUAGAGUAUCGUCGAACGUAUCUAAUAGUACAACUGAUUCUGUUAAACGGUUAAGACCAGUAAGAACAUCUCCAAUCAAAGUUCCUCCAUGGACAUUAAAUUUUCGAAAUUCUACUAUACGUCGUCAUGACAAUAAAGAAACUAUUCGAGUUGGUGAUUGUAUUGUAUUACACGGUGUCGAUAAAUCGUUAUCCUAUAUUGGUAAGGUGCUGAGAUUCUACCAUAACAAGUCAACUGAACAAGAUAUGGUUAAAAUUCAAUGGUAUUACAGUCCACAUGAAACACCGAAGGGACUGCGAAAAACUGAUCUAACUGGCGCUCUUUAUGAAAGUACGCAUAUUGAUGAAAAUCCUAUCGCAAGUAUAAAAUACAAAGGUACAAUCUACGAAUCGUACGACGAUUAUGUAAAGGCAACGGAUUAUGGUAAACGAAGAGGAGAGGCCGACUUCUACCUUGUUGGACAUUACAAUCCAACAUCAGGUACGUUGAAGCGGUAUGAUGGUCAAUAA